AAAAUCAUUAGACAGGAGGCUGGCUGUAUGCUGCAGAAAGCAUUCAAGUCGGAAUUUAGUUCUAUGGAAAUCAAGCACGUGCGAAGUCGAGUUUUGAAAUUUCGUUGGAGGAAAAGAAGGUCUUUCGAAAAGUUUAGUGCGAUUAUUACGUUUGAAUAUUUUAGGAAAUGCAGUAGUUUUGAAUGAAAUCAUUUAGUAAAAUAAAAACAAAACAAAAAAAAUUUAAGAUAUUAAUAUAAAAAUCGAAAAGAUAACUAUUGCGCGAAAACAUGUCUGAAAAUCGUAACUCCGCUGCAGAAAUGCAGUCCCAGCCGGAGAAGUUAAAUUACUUUCAGAAACUUUGGCAGUACCGAAAAUAUUUAGUGAUAGAACCAUUUUUCUUCUUCUAUCUAAUGGCUAGUGUAUUUAAUUCGGUGGCUAUGCAAAGUUUUCCACUUGAGAAGGCCUGUCGAGUUAAUUUGCAUUACAAUAAGAUUGUUUGUGAUACAACAUUGGAUAAGGGGGAUAUUAAUUGCGAUAGCUAUGACUUUACGAACACAACACUGGGUGCUACGCCAGAAAUAGCGAAUAUAACUGCCUCAUCCAUGGAUUUCAAUAUUACUGUCUGCAAAGCAGAAGUUGAGGCACAGCAAUUGGCAGCCGAUGUUUCUGGCAUAAGAGCACCUAUUGCUGCUAUUUUUCCACUCAUCGUUUUACUUUUUGCUGGAGGUUGGAGUGAUCGAUACAACAAACGCAAACCAUGCAUGAUAUUACCCAUUUGUGGAGAGGCACUCUCAUUUUUAUGUCUUCUUGUGUCGGCGGUAUUUUUUGAUUCUUUACCAAUGGAGUUUGGUGCAUAUUGUGAAGCUAUUGUGCCCGCCAUAUUCGGAGGAAUCACUUUCUGUUUAAUGGCAGUAUAUAGUUACAUAACAAUUGCUACACCAGAAGAGGAUCGAAUUUUCAGGUUCGGUAUCUUUGCUAUGUUUAUUACGGCUGUACCAUUCCUGGGUCAACCUGUUAGUGGUUUCUUGUUCCAACAAUUGGGUUAUACUUUGUCUUUUGGCAUGGCAUUUUGUUUCCAAAUUGUCGCUAUACUCUAUAUAAUAUUCUUCUUAGAAGAGGUAAAGCCUGCAACGUCAGAAAAUAAAACAGUUACAGAUGCACCACCUCCAUUACCAACACAAGCACCACCAGCUUUGCAGGGUGCUGAAAAUUUAGCCUAUGAAACUACCAAUCUAGAGAUCGGAAAAACAAAUAACAUUGAGUUAGUACCACGUAAUCAAGGAUCAACUACUGCACCCGUUCGGGUUCCAGAACCUCCCGUUGUGAAACGUUCGUUUUUGAGUGAAUUUUUCGAUCCCACACUGGCGAUCGAUUGCAUCCGUUUUCCGUUCAUAAAGAGAGAGAAUAAUGGCAGAAUGUUGCUGAUACUUUUGAUAUUUGCAUACUUUUUGACUUUGGGUCCAGCAUCUGGCGAAAAUGAUUACUGGUUUCGAUACGUCGUCAAGAAAUUAAAUUGGAACGGCAACGAUUAUAGUUUUUACUUCACAUUUUCCUCUGCGGCUGCAUUAGUAGGCACAUUUAUUGGUACCGCUAUAUUGAGUAAGAUUUUCAAAUUUGCGGAUUCUACAAUUGGUAUUCUUUCGGCGUUGGCCAUAGUAUUCUCGCGUAUACUUUUUGCUUUUUCUAAGGACACAGCUUCUUUCUAUGUUGCUGGUGUAGUGGACAUGUUUGUCAGUUUACGUGUGAUUGCUAUUAAAGCUAUUGGGUCCAGUAUUGUAGAUGGCGAAGAAUUGAGUAAAAUGUAUUCAAUUUUCGGCAUCAGCGAACCGAUUGGUCAAUUCAUAUUCCCACCUAUCUUCAGCGCAAUCUACAGCGACACAGUCAACACAUUUCCGGGUGCGAUAUUCUUGUUCGGCGAAAUCUUCUAUGUACCAAAUGUAAUUGUAUUCGUACUUUGCUAUUUCAUUUUACGCCGGAAUAAGAGUAAAAAAUCUCAAAAUGCUGUCGAAAAUGGCCAAAAUGGUCAAAAUGGUCAAAAUGGCAAUGCGAAUGGUGGCCAUGCAAAUCCAGAUUGUGAAAUCACUAGUCUUUAAAUAUAGUUUAUUUGUUUUUGUAUAUCAUCUGUAAAAUAUAAAAAAAUAUAUAA